CCGCGGAUUGGGCGAGCGCAGGAAGCAGAGGCCGAACCGGAUUCGCUUUCGCGGCUAGAAACCCGGCCAGGCACAGAUGGGCCCGGUUUGCUCGAUUCCGGAUUGGAGCGGGUGCUUAACGGGCCGCGAUCGUCAUUUGGCGGGGGGCUGAGCGCGGCCCCUCCUCUUUUCUGAGUUCCUCCAGCCGCGCCGCCAGCACCAUGGCCGAGGUGCCCCCCGUGGUCCGGAUCAAGGUCUCCCUCAAGAUCCAGCCCAACGACGGCCCCGUCUACUUCAAGGUGGAUGGCCAGAGGUUCGGCCAGAAUCGCACCAUCAAAUUGCUGACCGGGGCCAAAUACAAGGUCGAGGUGGCCCUGAAGCCGGGCACCGUCCACGCCACGACAAUGGGAAUAGGUGGAGUAGAUGUGCCCCUUGAAGAGACAGCAAGAGAACCACAACUUGUUACUUACACUGGCAUCUAUGACACAGAAGGAGUUCCUCACACCAAAAGUGGGGAAAGACAACCUAUACAAGUAAACCUUCAGGUCACUGACCUUGGCGCUUUUGAAACAGUCUGGCAAGUCAAAUUCUACAACUAUCACAAGCGAGACCACUGCCAGUGGGGAAACAGCUUUGGCUGCAUCGAGUAUGAAUGCAAACCCAAUGAGACACGCAGCCUCAUGUGGAUCAAUAAGGAGACCUUCUUCUGAAGUGAGGCCACUGUGUCUGGACAAUUGUUUGGUAAAAUAACUGAUCUUCAAACCAGUGCAAAGCCUUACUCAGGCCCUCCGUAUAGAUGUUUCUUUUUGUGCAAUAAAGCGGAAUCUUCCCUUUCCCCACCUCACAACACAUUUGCUCCCAAAUGAGUAGGUUUGCAAUGAAGAAAUGAGUGUUGCUGGGAGAUGAUUCCUGCUCCCUCCCUAAAUGUGAACUGCCCCUCACUUGCACUGGAGUGAAUGGGCAAAAAGUGACAUUGCAAUACUCACUAGGCUCUAGAAGCUCCUUUUCCAUAAUCAUCCUGAGAUGUACUGUUUGUGACGCCCCCAAAUCAUUGUUUUAGAAUGUUAUCUGCUACAUGGUAAUAACAGUUUCUCUAUUUUUGUGUUCAGUCUGGUUCUCAUUCAUGCUAGCAAGUGUCGUAAAAUGCAGCUUCAUUCUGCCACUGAGCUCUGAAAUUCAGGAUACUUUCUACUAAUGCUUUUCCAGAACUGAAGAAGCCCUCAGUUACUGGACUAUGACCCCCAGCGUAGUCCAUGCUGGUUGGGUUUUCUGGUUGUUCGAACCCUCCAAUCUCUGAAAAACCAUAGAUUCUUCUGGUACAGAUUACAGUGCACAGUGCUAAUUUCAAGUGACAGGGCAUCUGAUAAGGUAGCAAAUUAAUAUCUGCUCAAAUUUUUGACUUAGUUUUCACAGUGAAGGAGUAGGAUUGCUGAAUAUUACAUAACCUGAGUAGGUUUUCACCUAUCAAACCAUAAGCAGCGAUGGGAUUCCUGAAACGAUGCAAAACAUCAAUAGUUUUAAAUUCUUUGUGUCAUAUUUCUCAUAAUAACUGUAUGAGCAACAAUUAAAUAUAUUCUAAUGUUGCAUAUCAAAGCCCACAAAUUUUCAGAUUCCCUAUCAGGCGAUAUUUUUUUUAAGGAAAAAUGAAAUUAAUUUGCUACAAGUAACGUUUGAGCUGUAGCCGUUCAAAUUUCAGGUCAAAUAUGAUUUUACCAGGAUGUUCUCUAAGUAAAAAAGAAAUAUGUUUAUAUAUAAGCUUGUGCAGGAUUCUGGAAUCUGGUGCUAUACCCUAUAUAAACCUGUUUACACAUCUGUGGCAAAUGAGAAGCACAUUGUUUAUCUCUUAUGAAUUUCCGAUAAACGUUGCUUCUUUUACAAAGAUAACUGGAUUAAUAAGAGGAAGUUGCAUUGAUGCUAUUUUGCAUAUUGGUGUAUUUGUGCCAUCUAUGAGAACAAUCUAUAAAGUGAUGCAGCUUUUGAUCUUUGUAAUAAAUGAGUUGGAAACCUUUGUCUUCCUUAGUGGUUAUUUAGUGUUCUUGGAAUAACAAUUUACCUGAACCAAAACAUUAAGCAACAAAAAUUUGCCAUGCAAAAGUAGGGAGAGAAUGCUGGAAUUGGUACAUUUGGAAAGUCCUACCUCAGCUUCUCAGUGUGAAUCAGACUCAUAAGCAGGGCCUACCCAUCUAAGUUGACCAUAAAGGCUAGAUGAUAUUGCAAAAGUUAGUCCUUUAAAGGACAUCAUAGUCCUCACAGUUUUUUGGCAACAGUAUGGGAGUAGACAAGUAUGCUUGUCUUGAGAUACAUGUUGAUUACUUAAAUACCUAGGUCAGCUUUUCUGAGCUAAUUUGCUUCAGGGGAAUUGGUAAUAGGAUCACCAUAAUUCAUAUAGCCGUGUUGCAAAAGUACAGGUUUCACAACAGUUUGCUUAGUGACUGACUUAUGACCAUUUUUAUACUUACAACCAUUGCAGCAUCCCCACGGUCUCGUCAUUUACAUGCUUGACAACUGACUCACAUUUCUGAUGGUUGCCGUGUUCAGGGAUUCCCUUUUGCAACCUUCUGACAAGCAAAGUCAAUGGGGAACCCAGAUUCACUUAACAGCCAUGUUACUAAUUUACAACUGAAGUGAUUCAUUUAACAAAUGUGCAAGAAAAGUCGUAAAAUGGGGCAAAACCCACAUUUCUCAUUUAACAACAUAAAUUUUGGGCUCGUAAGAAAAGGGAAUUGUAGUCCAACAUAUCUGCUGGGUUCCAGGUUGUGGAAAGCAAUUCUAGGUAAUCUUUGUAGCUAGUCCAACUUUGUACUUAUUCUUUUUAAAAAUACAAAUGGAUUAACACUUGCAUCCCUUUACAUGAAAAUAAAAUUGUGAGAAUAAUGUAUUAAUGAUAAAUAUUAUGGGAAUAAAGAAAUUGUUGGAAA